UAACACGAAUUGUAUUUUACAUUUUCUGUACACACCAGUUUGUUAACAGUAAUGAAAAGUGCAUUUGUUCUUUGUUUUUUUGUAUUCGAAACGUGGUUUCUCUCGUUCGGAAAUGCCAAGUCCGUUUAUUUGGACUCCUCCUCUGCUUCUAUAGCUCCGGUGCAGACCAUCCGUGAAACCGUCAUCCCCAUCCGAACCACUGAAGAUGUGCCCACUCGGAUUAAGCAUAUUCCCCGUGAAACAGAUCAGUCUUCAGCCAAAGCCACUGCCGUUCCAACUAUGACUCCCUCUCUGCCAAUAGAGGUAAACAACUCGACCAAAAGCGAUUUUCCGGAAGCGACACUUAAGAAGAACUCCACUGGACCUACGUUGGAAUUGGACACUGAAAAAACUGUGGUUAAGCAUAUUCCCAGAAAAAGGCAAACUUUUCAUGAGGUAACAAUGCCCUUCAAUUUUCAAACCCUGCAUAUGCCAUGCGACAUGGACCUUCCUUUUAAUCAUAUUUAUCGGAUGCCCGCUCAUUGCAAGUGGAUGUAUAACAAUAGGUACCAGUCAGCAUCCCAUUGGAGAGCCUACAAUCUGUAUAAAGCUGAGGCGUUCUUUUUUGGGCAAUAUCAUGAGCGCUUGAGGCGAUACGAGUUGGAUGAACAUGUUUUUUCUGCUUACUAAUUCUAGUUCACGAGGAUAUUCCGAAAGCUUCUAAAUUAUUGACAGUAUAACUAAAUCCAAAUCCUUAAGAAAUUGUAUAAAUCUGAAAGUUUCCACCCAUUAAACCAGGAUAAAAAGACAA